AUGAGUUCUGCACCAUACGGAACAUGGACCUCCCCGAUUUCGGCGGCAAACCUCGCAAAAGCCUCUGUUCGUUUGGGUGAUGUUGUGGUUGACUCUGUUGCCGGAAAAGUGUAUCACAUCGAAAGCAGGCCAUCUGAAGGUGGACGAUGUGUGUUGGUGGAUUCUGAUGCCUCCAAGGACGUGGUUGGGAAAGAUUUGAAUGUCAGGACGGGAGUCCAUGAAUACGGUGGCGCUGCAGCUGUUGUCUCGGCUGGCGUGGCCUACUUUUCCAACAUAAUCGAUGGGAGGGUGUACAAGGUCAAAAAUGGUGACUCUAACGCCAUCGCCGUCACCCCAGAGAGCACAAUUUAUCGCUACGCCGACUUCGACAUCCACCCUACCAACUCAGACAUCAUCGUCUCAAUUCUUGAAGACCACACAGACUCCACUACGCCUGCUAGCGUCCUUAAUAAACUGUGCAUAAUUAAUACGAAAACUCAAGCAGUCUCCAUCCUCGUCACCGGGGCCGAUUUCUAUGCUUCACCACGGUUUUCUCCCGACGGUUCCCGAGUCGUUUGGCAACAGUGGUCGCUUCCCUACAUGCCAUGGCAGAGCGCGGAAAUCCAUCUUGCCGACUUUUCGGUGGACACUUGCCAGGUGACCAACUCGAAACGCAUUGCUGGCGACGGGGCCAACAAUAGUGUAACCUAUCCCGCCUGGGCUACCGCAUCCACGCUUCUAUUUACAUCAGACGUCUCUGGCUACCAGAAUCCCUGGAAAUACGACGUCAAAACGCACAAGGCGACUGCCCUGUUGUCUUCUCCCAUUCCCGAAGAUUUCGGACAGCCUGGGUGGAUGCUGGGGCAAUCUCCAUUCGCGGUUAUCGACAACGGCGCACAAGCGCUCUUCUCUGCAUUCCGUGGCGGGCGGGCAAUACUAUACCUGAUCGAUUGUCUUACAGGCAGCCAUUCAGAACUCGCCAACCCUUACGUCGGUAUUCAGGCCAUUCAUGCAGUCGACAAGCAGAGUGUUACUUUCAUCGGCGAACGUGUGGAUAGCCCACCCGAACUUGUUAUCUGUUCAAUCAAUCCACUCAAGUUUUCAGUUGUGUCGCCAACUUCUGUCUCUGCGCCAUCAUUUCCUAAAGCUCUCUAUUCUGUUGCUCAGCCAAUCACACUCAAAGCUGGUCCCGACUUGCAUCCAGUCCAUGUUGUUUAUUUUCCACCUACAAAUCCGGAUUAUGUUGGCACGAGUAUUUCUGAUGAACGACCUCCUUGUGUUGUCUACGCACACGGUGGCCCGACGUCCUUCGCUGGUCACGCGCUCGAUAUGACAACACAGUAUUACACGUCCCGAGGAUGGGCAUGGCUUAACGUCAAUUUUGGUGGUUCGUCUGGGUAUGGCCGAGGUUACAUCGAACGCCUUGCAACAAACUGGGGCAUUGUUGACAUAGAAGACUGCAUUCAGGCUGCCAAAAUCCUCUCGCAGCCACCCUACUCCCUCAUCGACCCGAAACGGACCAUCAUCCGUGGUGGCUCCUCGGGUGGAUUCACCGCGCUUGGGGCCAUAAGCAUGGGGUCCGACUUGACCACAUUUGCCGCUGCAACCUCAAGCUAUGGUAUCUCUGAUUUGCGGAAGCUGCUCGAGGACACACACAAGUUCGAGUCGGGGUAUCCGCUGGGGCUACUUGGUGGAGAUAAUAAGCAAGUUCCUGAGGUUUACAAAGGCAGAUCGCCGGUGACGCACGCAGACAAGAUCGUCGCUCCGCUCCUGAUCCUGCAAGGGGAGAUUGACAGAGUCGUGCCAAAGGAGCAGGCAGAAAUUAUAUCAAAGAGCAUUGAGCAGCGCGGGGGAGUUGUCGAAUACAAACUCUAUCCAGGCGAAGGCCAUGGUUUCAGGAAAGAAGAGACCAUCAUCGACGCACUCGAACGAGAGCUUGCAUUCUAUGAUAAGCAUGUUCUUGGAAUCCACGAAUAA